UCCACGCCGCCGGCACAGGUGCGCGGGGCGCCGUCCUUCUGGGCGCGGGGCCCGCCGCGCCUCGCCGCUCUCCUGGGACUUCUGGCCCGGCCGAGGUCCAGCCACUUUCGGGCGGAAUCGCAGAAGACUGAGGCCCGAACGUCACCGAUGUCGUCCAAUGAUGGAAGAUCCAGGACUCGCGACCGGGGCUACAGCGAGGUCCCCGGGGACGCGCCCCGUGGAGACGGCACCCUGAGAACCCUGCAGAGCCUUCAGGACAGCGAGCUGGCCCUGAGUGCCGAUCCCCUGCCCCCGCCCCCUCUCCCGUUACAGCCACCCUUCGGCCCCGACUUCUACUCAAGUGACACCGAGGAGCCGGCUGUCGCCCCGGACCUCAAACCUGUCAGGCGCUUCGUCCCCGACUCCUGGAAGAACUUCUUCAGAGGCAAGAAAAAGGAGCCGCAAUGGGCCAAGUCCGUGUCUGACAUCAGGUACAUCUCCGACGGCGUGGAGUGCUCCCCUCCAGCCUCCCCGGCCAGAGCCAACCACCGCUCCCCGGCCAGCUCCUGCAGAGAGCCCGACGGUGGGUCCGGAGGAACCUUCCACUCCCGCAAAGAGGCGGAUGCCAUGAUCGCCCACGAUCCCGACGGCUCCCUGGGGCGACACACGCAGUCGGCCCGGACCUACAGCGAGAAGGUGGAGGAGUACCACCUGCGCUACUCGUACAUGAAGUCCUGGGCCGGCCUGCUGCGGCUGCUGGGCGUGGUGGAGCUGCUGCUGGGGGCCGGCGUCUUCGCCUGUGUCACUGCCUACAUCCACAAGGACAGCGAGUGGUACAACCUGUUCGGCUACAACCAGCCCUACGGGGUGGGAGGCGCGGGCGGCCUGGGCAGCAUGUAUGGGGGCUACUACUACAGCGGCCCCAAGACCCCUUUCGUGCUGGUGGUGGCUGGCCUAGCCUGGGUAGCCACCAUUAUCAUUCUGGUGCUCGGCAUGUCCAUGUACUACCGGACCAUUCUGCUGGACUCCCACUGGUGGCCCCUCACGGAGUUUGGCAUCAACGUGGCCCUGUUCAUUUUGUACAUGGCUGCAGCCAUAGUCUAUGUGAACGACACCAACCGCGGUGGCCUCUGCUACUACCCGUUAUUCAACACGCCCGUGAACGCGGUGUUCUGCCGGGUGGAAGGGGGCCAGAUAGCCGCGAUGAUCUUCCUGUUUGUCACCAUGAUAGUGUAUCUCAUCAGCGCCCUGGUGUGCCUCAAACUCUGGAGGCACGAGGCGGCCCGCAGACACCGGGAGUACAUGCAGCAGCAGGAGAUAAAUGAAUCGUCAUUGCCAUCGAAAAGGAAAAUGUGUGAAAUGGCCACCGGCGACAGACAAAGAGACCCAGAAGUUAAUUGCAAAGAGCUGAGAACAACAAAAAUGAAACCUGAACUCCUGAGUGGCCACAUCCCCGCUGGCUACAUCCCUAAGCCCAUCGUGAUGCCCGACUACGUGGCCAAAUACCCGGCCAUCCAGACGGAGGACGAGCGCGAGCGCUACAAAGCCGUGUUCCAGGACCAGUUCUCGGAGUACAAAGAGCUGUCGGCCGAAGUGCAAGCCGUGCUGAGGAAGUUCGAGGAGCUGGACGCCGUCAUGAGCAGACUGCCGCACCGUUCCGACAACCGCCAGGAACAUGAGAGAAUUUCAAGAAUCCAUGAAGAGUUCAUGAAGAAAAAGAACGACCCUUCAUUUCUGGAAAAAAAAGAACGCUGCGAUUACCUAAAGAACAAACUCUCCCACAUAAAGCAAAGAAUUCAAGAAUACGAUAAAGUAAUGAAUUGGGAUGUACAAGGGUAUUCAUAAACUGUAUUUGAAACCACUUUUUUUAAUAGUGAAUUUAGUAUUUAUUUACUGCCUUUUUGAUACUCAUCUCUGUGGUAGAGGAGCAGGCGCUGUCUGAAUUAGCUUCCAGCUGGGUAACCCAGAUGUGAUGGUAACCAGUGUGACUCAGACAUUCAAAACACGGUCAGGAUUCCCCACAGGCUCUGCUGCGAGUGGAGGUCUUCUGUGUCCGUGCGUGUGGCUGCACGGGUGUCUGUCUCCUUUAAAUGUGGCGUCGUCUCAGAGACCCUGCCCUUGUCGUGUGACAAGCCCGCCAGGCAAGGCCCAAGGUUUUCCUAGGGAAAAUUUUUCAUAAGAGAAAUCGCUAUGCAUUCUACCCAAGGGGGGGGGGGGGGCGGGGCGGAUGACACCUUUUCACCGUGUCGGUUCUCCCCAGAGAGGGGUUUGAACCCCAGAUCUACAUUUUCAAAUUUUGUCAUCCUAGGCAGCUUGGACUCUGUGCCCGUUUCCCCUCCUGAUAGUAUCGACCUCAGGGGCAGGAGGGGAGAGCAAAUAAGUUCACAUUUGUAAAAUAUUUAGAACAGAGCCGGCACACCGGGAGCGUGAGCAUUAUAUUACUGUUGGUGGGUUGAGUAAACUACGUCCAGUGAGCCUCAAGACAGCAUCCUUAAUGAGCAAGCUCAGCCGGCUACCAAAACACCAGGUCUCGUGCCUUCCUUUGUGUGUGUGUGCUGUCAGCACUUACCACACGUGGACUCAGGCAGGUGCUUCUUGGGAGUUCUAUGUCCCAUGGGUGCAGCACGGCCGCCUGUUUUGAACCAGUUUCACUGUGCACCUGCAUCUGUUCCCACAGCCCAGCCUGUGCGGCAGGCAUCACGUAGCAUCGCAUGGCUGUUGUUACCUUUCUCCCUGCUUUCAGGAGCACCCCCAGGCCCCUGGGAUGCUACAAUUACAUAGAAUCUCCCUUGGGUUUGUCGGGGUGCUUCAUCUUUCCAAGAAUUAUCUUGGCUUUAGGGUUUUAUUAGUGAGAAUAUUUAAUUAGUAUGAACAAAAAUGAUUUUCUAAGUUCGUCUUCAUCGGAUCCUGGUCAGCGGUCUCUAUCUCAUAGAUCAUCUCCCAGGUGUAGAAUUAGUUUUUGCCAGGGACAGUUGCCAUUCAAGCAGUAUUCAUAGGAGCUUUCUGAAGUGCUCAAACCAAGUGGAAAAGCAGAAGCCCAGAAGGUGUUGGUCACUGCAUGGACUUCCUGGUUUUACUUUACUACUGUCGACUAUUAAAAUACGAAUCCUGCGGUUCGCAGACUGGAGGAACUAUGCUGUCUUAAGAGGUAGUAUUGGGGCUGGUGCUGUGGCGUAGUGGGUAAAGCCAUUUGCAGCCAUCUGGGGAGUGAACCAUCGGGUGGAAGACCUCUCUCUUCCUCUCUCUCUCUCUCUCUCUCUCUCUCUCUCUGCCUCUCUGUAACUCUGCCUUUCAAAUAAAUAAACAAAUCUUUGAAAAAAGUAGCAUUAAGAGAAGCGUGAGGCCCUUAAAGAGCCCCAGUAGAUGAACCUCACUUUCGCUUUUAUAUUUUGUGAACCUAUGUGAACAUUUUGCCUUAAGAGCACCAAUGCUUUAAAAAAAAUUUUUU